GGUUCAUCAAUUAUGUCGGAGCUACGUGUCAUUUCUCUCGAUGAGGUCUCAAAGCACAACUGGGAAGAUGCUGAUCAAUCGUGUUGGAUUGUCAUCUCCGGAAAGGUCUACGAUGUGACAAAGUUCUUGAAUGAGCAUCCAGGAGGUGAAGAAGUCAUCACUCAAUUAGCCGGUAAAGAUGCUACAGUUGGAUUCCUCGAUGUUGGGCACUCAAAAGAUGCUAUUGAAAUGGCCAAUGAAUAUCUCAUUGGUCAAUUGCCAGAAUCAGACGUUCCAAAAGUCGAGACAGCGGCUGCGAAACCUUCGAAAAACGAAAAAUCAUCAUCUCUCCUCAAUGAUUUCACCGAAAUUAUGACUUCACCAACAUGGACCAACUUCCUGAUUCCAACUACAAUGGGACUUGUCAUUUAUGCCGUGUACAAGUGCAUGUUCAAUUAAAUUACCUUAGCUCUUAUCCUAUUCUUUUGAUCUUAUGCGCCCACUUUCUUGAAAUGCAUCAAAGAACAUUUGUUUCUAUGGACUUUUAUAUAUGUGAUAAAGAUUUGUUGUC